AUGCUAGCUUCACGAGACGAAGGCGAUCAGAAGACACAAUUCCCACCAGAUCAAGACAAAGGGACAGAGAAAACAUUCGCGGAAUUUUCACGGCUACAGCCGCCAUCAAUAAUGUUACCCCAACAGAACCAGGUAGCUACAUUCGCUCCUAUCAUCGACGAGGUGAGGAAGUGGUCCAUAAAAUACGACGGCGGCCGAGACCCAUUAGCGUUCAUUGAGCGAUUGGAAGAGCUCACCGAAGUAUACAUGAUAGACAUCGACAUCCUUCCUAGAACCAUGCCCGAGUUAUUGUGUCGUACCGCUCUCCAAUGGUACCGCGACAACAACGAACAUUGGAAGAGUUGGACCAGUUUCAAAAGAGAUUUUUUGAGUUUCUUUUUACCAGCACGUUACUUCGAACGCCUCGAGGAUAACAUACGACAACGAAGACAACACGAGUUAGAGAAAUACAAAGACUACGUUCUGGCUAUGCAAAAUCUAAUGAAACACUCUGGAUAUAACCAGCAGCAGCGAUUGGAGAGAAUUUUUCAAAAUAGCCACAUCGAUUUUAAACUCUACAUUCGUCGGCGAAAUUUCGAGACACUAGCCGAACUUAUCACACUUGCAGAAGAGUACGAAGGGAUCCAUAAGGAAAAUCGACGAAAAGCAGAAACACCUCCACGCGAGUUAAAGAGACACAUAAUAGGUGACCACGAGAUAAGCAAUACCACUCGACCGAGGGUUUCACCAGAGACAAGGUGCGGCGAAGCCACAGAACUCAGCGCCGAAUCUCCAGAAAUUAUACGUCAGAAAUGUGGCCGACUAAACGCCCUAAUAAAGCUUGGCGGAGAACCAGCGGAAGCCGUCAUUGACACUGGCGCCUCAAGAAGUUUCGUAUCGUCACGAGUGGCAGAAUUUUUGAACGCAACCGGGAGUGGUAAGAAGUUAACCACAGCCCUUGAAAUACUAAUGGUUGACGGCACCGCCAGCAAGAUUUUUGACGCCGUAGAGACUAACAUACAACUCGGGCAAGUAUCGCUAAAGGCAGUGUUUCAUGUUAUGCCAGGGGCGAUUGAUGACGUCUUACUCGGAUUAGAUAUACUGGGGAGCAUGGGAGCUACGGUAUCCUGCGGAGGUCACCAAGUAGUGCUGAAAGCGUCAAAUGCUCAGAAUUCAACGGCCAAUGACGCACAAUUAUCCCAACCUUUCGCAGAAUUUCAACUCCCACCCGAAGGAAUCAAGAUAUCCAUAGCCGACGCCUACGGAUCAGGUUUAGAAGACUUCCCACAAAUCGCGGAAAGAAUAAAAAGAAGCCUAACGGACCUCACGACCGGCAUAGGGAAGCACCGACUGAAGUUUAGUACCACCAAAUACCAAGUGGUUAUGUAUCGAUGGGGUGUCCACAUCAGAAUGAAGCCAACAACGGCGAUCAGAACAACUACAAAUUCCUAGUAAUGAAUUUAAAUGUACAUUUUGAUUAGAAAAAAAAUAAAAAAAGACAUGAAAUAAAUCUAUGAAUAA